AUGCCUACCGAAGCUCAAGUCGCCGGCGGUCACAAGGCCACUUUGAACAACCCCAAAGUUAGCCAAGAGGCGAAAGAACACUCUAAACAAGUUCUCGAAAACGAGUUCAACGGCGGUGAUGUGUCCAGGGCAGGAGAUGACGAGAACAAGAAUCCGGGCAACGUUGCCGGUGGUUUGAAGGCAACGAUGAAGAAUCCAAAUGUGUCUGAGGAAGCCAAACAAAGCGCCAAGGAGCGUCUUAAUCAGAUGUAG